AUGAUUCCUCUUUAUAGAGCCCUCAAAAGAGAUUUAAGUGAUAAUAAUGAUCAUAGUCCUAUGAUAGGCCAUGGUUUUCAUAAUUCCUCUGUUGGGUGCGUUACCUAUCCUCAUUUGCUUCCUGUUUUUGAAACCAGAACUUCUCCUCCUCCUUGGACCCUUCCUUUUUCGGAUGAAACCAAAGGAAAUAAUAACAAGAGGUUGAAGAAAGAUCCAAGCAUCCCAGAAGUCACUGGAGAUUAUAGAAGCUUUUCUUCAAGCAGUGGAAGUGAAGAUUGCUAUAGUAGUCUCAGCAGAAGUAACAGUGUGAAUAGCCUUCCAAAGCUGCAUUUCAGAGACCACAUAUGGACUAUUACUCAGAGAUAUCUUGCUUCUGAAGAGGCAGCACAGAAAGACAUGAUCAAUCCUGAGGUAAGUGAAGCUGAAGAACAAGACGAUCGGUAUUGUGCUGAUGGGAUGAGACUUGUUCAGCUUCUUGUUCAUUGUGCUGAAGGUGUGGCUUGUCGUGAUAAAUCACAUUCUUCAAUUUUGCUAUCUGAACUGAGAUCAAAUGCAUUGGUCUUUGGCUCUCCAUUUCAGCGAGUCGCUUCUUGUUUUGCACAAGGGCUAUCUGAUCGGCUCGCGAUGGUUCAACCAGUUGGGGCUGUGGGGAAUAUGGAACCACUGACGAACAUUAUGGACAUAGCCUCAGAAGAAAUGGAAGAAGCAUUUAAAUUGGUUUAUGAGAUUUGCCCACACAUUAAGUUUGGUCACUUUGUAGCUAAUUCCACAAUAUUGGAAGCCUUUGAAAACCACAGUUUUGUGCAUGUGGUGGACCUUGGGAUGACUCUUGGUCUUCCCCAUGGCCACCAAUGGAGGGGAUUGAUUAAGAGCCUGGCUAAACGCCCAGGCCAGCUAGUUCGCCGCCUUCGAAUUACCGGCGUUGGCCUUUGUGUUGAGAAACUCAAGUUGAUUGGUGAAGAACUUGAACUUUAUGCUCAUAACUUGGGAAUUAACCUGGAGUUCUCUGUGGUGGGAAAGAACUUAGAAAAUCUGCAUACUGAUGACAUUACAGUGAAUGACGAAGAGGUUCUGGUGGUUAAUAGCAUUCUUCAGUUGCACUGUGUAGUGAAAGAGAGUCGUGGGGCUUUAAACUCAGUCCUUCAGACCAUUCAUAAACUCUCACCAAAAGUUUUGGUUAUGGUUGAGCAGGACUCAAGCCAUAAUGGACCCUUUUUCCUUGGGAGGUUCAUGGAAGCACUUCAUUAUUACUCUGCCAUUUUUGACUCUUUGGAUGCCAUGUUACCUAAGUAUGACACUAAGAGAGCAAAAAUAGAACAGUUCUAUUUUGCAGAAGAGAUAAAGAAUAUUAUCAGCUGCGAAGGACCGGCAAGGAUGGAGAGGCAUGAGAGGGUGGACCAGUGGCGCCGGAGGAUGAGUAGGGCCGGGUUUCAGAGUGCGCCAAUGAAGAUGGUGAGUCAGGCCAAGCAGUGGCUUCAGAAGAAUCAGGUUUGUGAUGGUUAUACUGUUGUGGAGGAGAAAGGUUGUUUGGUCCUUGGGUGGAAAUCAAAGCCGAUUGUGGCAGCUUCUUGCUGGAAAUGCGGAAUCUAA